AUGAUCAUUCGCGGUCUAUGGGGUUUACAAAUUAAGUCUAAUGAAGAAUUGAAGUUUAAAGUCCCAGCUUCAUUGAAAAUUACAAUGGCAUCAAUUUAUCAGUUUAAUGGGUUAGGACGUACAUCACUCUAUAUUCGGUUGCAGGGUACAGACCUGAUGCUUUGUUCUUUAAUUCCAGAAAAGAUUGAACAGCAAGUGAUUGACAUUACAUGUUUACGUGGAGAAACUAUAUUAUUUAGAUCAGAAGGGCCAAAUGGCAUUCAUUUGUUAGGAAAUUAUAUUUCACAAAACGGUAUUGAUGAUAGUGAAGAAGAAUCUGAAACAAUCCAAACAAUAAGCAAAGUAGAAUCAUCUGAAAAUGAUCAUGAGUCUCAAAUGGAGGAUAUAUAUACAUCAGAAUUUGAACAAGAAAGAUGGGCUUCAUCUGAUGAGGAUGAUUUUGAUGAUGUAAUAAAUCCAUUUUUAUAUCUUCCUGAAACAUCUUUGACUACUAAUGUUCCAAAAGAUGUGUUCAAGUUGAUCACUAAACAAGAUGAAAAAACUAAAGAUCUUUCUUUAAUGACAAGUAUCCAGCCAGUUAUUGAUAAAAUAAAACAAAUAGAUCAUAAAAGACAAUCUAUAAUUGAAUACAAUAAUAUGAAGGAUAAAGAACAAGAAUCUGAUGCAGAAAGCCCAUCCAAUAAGACAGAAGAAGAUACCAUACGUCGUCCAGUUACACGUAGAUAUUCAAGAGAUAAAUAUAACAGGAAAUAUGCUCAAAUCAUUGAAGAGUCACAACAACAAACGGACAGGGAUAAACAAAAAGAGACUAAUUCAGAUGCUAAAGGAAAUAAAUCAAAAGACUCAAAAACCACCAAGAUUACAAAACAUGAUAAAUCCAAGCAGUUAAAGGAUAUUGAAGCAGCUUUAAAUUCUCGUAUUCUCGAGAAUUCAAUAAAAGAACAACAGUCUGAGCAUCAAGAGAUGACAUCAAAUAAGAAAAUAACGAAUGACUUGGAAAGUAAAAAGAAGGAUACAACUAAAAAGAAAAAGACAAAUAGGUCUAGUAACAAAGAACGACAAAGGUCUGUUUCAGCAGAAGUUGAAAGAACAAAGAUAGAAGAUAAUAAAAGAAAAGAUAACAAUUUAAAAAGGAAAGCUAAAAAUAUACCUGUCAAUAGUAGUCAUAAGAAGCUUACUCAGCUUUCUGAGCAACAACAAGCAAUGGAAGGUGUAUCCGAAAAAAAGGAACAACUCAAUAGUACAGAAACUGACGAUUUAGAAAAGAAAAAGUUACCUGCUACUAAUACAAUAUUACUCGACAAUAAUGAAGAAACAAGUUCAACAUCUAGUGUUAAACAAAAGGAAACACAAUCUACUGUUGUUUUAAUAGAACGAUUCAAUGUACCAUCACAGGAACCAAAGGAUAAGAAGAAAGAAGAUCAACAUCAUAAUUCCAUAAAGCCAAGUGAUUCAAAAAGGAAAAAGAAAAUAAAGAAACAAAUAAACAAAGUUCAAGAACCAAACUCUGCUGCUACAUCUCAGAAGCCUAUAAAGACUACUCUAACACCAUCAUCAACGUUAGGACAGGAAGAAGAAGUUAAUCUGUUAAUUGAAAGAGGAAAAAUAGGCGGUAACCAUUCGAAAAAGAAAAAGAAGAACAAGAUAAGAAAUAUACAUAAGCCUUCAGAAAAUACGAUUCAUAGCGAGAUUCCCCUGGUUGAUUUGCUAGGAUAUAAAAGAAAAGAAAGAGAAAACGAAAAUAGUACAAGCAAAGGAAAGAAAGUAAUGAAGAUAUCAAAUGAAGAGAAGAAGAGACUGGAAAGAAGAGUCGAAACAGAUCAUCUUAAAAAUACAUCUUCCCUUCCUAAUAAACCAGAAGAUUCCUCAACUCAACUUAAUAAAAAGAAGGGGAAGCAAGAAGAUAAAGCGAGUCUAUUACAACUGAAUACAACCAAUGAUAAAAAAGAUGGAAUAUUAAAAGCGUCGAAAAGAUAUCCAACACGCCGCACUGUUGCAGAAGGAAAGGAAAAGCUUUCUAUGUUAUGUUAG